AGAACGCGGCUAAAGACACUAUCCACCGGUGCGCUGUACACUCCGGUGCUCAUCUCGCUUCUUUUUCUGCGUGCCCGAACUGCCGUAAACUAAAGCUCGCCUUCGUUUCCCAGCGCGUCUAAAUCUCCAGGUGCUGACCAUCCGUUGGAAAGUUACGCGCGGCUCACCGGAGAGAUGGAAGAGUAGUUUGACUUCUGUUCUUGGAAUUAUCAAGCAUCGUCUGUGAUCAGGAAAGUGGAUUAAUCUAGGAGACGUCCAGGGAUGCCAUCUCUCUAAGAACGAUGCAGGUCACAUGGUCAGGCGCCACAGUCCUCAUACUUUUCACCUUACUGCAGUUUGUCCAGUCUGAGCUGUCGGAGAGUCCUUUGGUUCCAGACACGGGGACUCAGGAGGGAACUAGCAAUAGGGCCACAGAGGCCCCUACUGCAGAACACGAUGACGACAACUCUCUGGGCUACACAGGAUCCCGUCUGCGGCAGGAAGACUACGCACCCCGUAUUGUGGAACAUCCCUCUGAUCUGAUCGUAUCCAAAGGCGAGCCGGCCACCUUAAACUGCAAGGCGGAGGGGCGGCCCACCCCCACCGUAGAGUGGUACAAGGAUGGAGAGCGUGUGGAAACGGACCGGGACAACCCUCGAUCCCACCGCAUGCUCCUGCCCAGUGGCUCGCUCUUCUUCCUGCGUAUCGUACACGGCCGUCGCAGCAAACCCGACGAAGGCUCCUACGUUUGCGUGGCCCGUAACUACCUGGGAGAAGCGGUUAGCCACAACGCCUCGCUGGAAGUAGCUAUUCUUCGAGAUGAUUUCCGACAGAACCCUGUGGACGUGAUGGUGGCGGCGGGUGAGCCAGCGGUCAUGGAGUGCCAGCCGCCCCGCGGGCAUCCCGAGCCUACCAUCUCCUGGAAGAAAGAUGGAGUCACCAUAGACGACAGAGACGAGAGGAUAACGAUACGAGGGGGAAAACUGAUGAUAACCAACACCAGAAAAACGGAUGCCGGGAAGUACGUGUGCGUGGGAACCAACAUGAUGGGGGAACGAGAAAGCGAGAUCGCAGAAUUGACCGUUCUCGAGAGGCCCAGUUUCUUACGAAAGCCGAGCAGCCAGUCUGUUCUGGUGGACCAGAGUGUGGAGUUCAGAUGCGAAGCUCAAGGAGACCCUGUGCCCACCAUCCGCUGGAGAAAAGAGGACGGAGAUCUUCCCAAGGGAAGGCAUGAGAUCUGGGAGGACCACACACUCAAGCUGAAGAGACUGACCUCAGGAGACGCCGGUACUUACACCUGUCAGGCGGAGAACAUGAUGGGGAAGACGGAGGCCAGCGCCACCCUCACCGUCCACGUUGUGUCUGUUCCUCCGGUGUUCGUGGUGCGACCCAGGAAUCAAGUGGUCGGGAUGGGCCGUACCGUGACCUUUCAAUGCGAAGCCACAGGAAGUCCUCAGCCUGCCAUAUUUUGGCAGAAAGAAGGCAGUCAGAACCUUCUGUUCUCCUCUCAACCUCCUCCUCCCUCCAGUCGAUUCUCUGUCUCUCAGACGGGUGAUCUGACCAUCACAGCGGUCGAGCGUUCGGAUGGAGGCUACUACAGCUGUCAGGCUCUGAACAUCGCUGGCAGUGUGAUCACCAAAGCUCUGCUGGAGGUUACAGAUGUGAUCUCAGACAGGCCUCCACCCGUCGUCCGCCAGGGUCCCACCAACCAGACCGUGUCUGUGGAUGGGACGGUGGUCCUGGGAUGCCAAGCCACCGGCACACCGAUUCCCACCAUCCUGUGGAGGAAAGACGGGGUCCUGGUGUCCACCCACGACUCUCGCCUCAAACAGCUGGACACGGGAGCCCUGCAGAUCCGCUACGCUAAGCUGGGAGACACUGGCAUGUACACCUGCACCGCGUCCACCCCCAGCGGAGAGGCGUCUUGGAAGGCUUACCUGGAAGUGCAAGAGUUCGGUGCUCCGGUUCAGCCGGGCCGACCCACAGAUCCCAACCUCAUCCCCAGCGCCCCCUUCAAACCAGAGGUCACGGACGUCAGCCGCACCUCUGUGUCUCUGUCCUGGAAGCCCAACCUGAACGCUGGAGCCACGCCCACAUCUUACGUCAUAGAAGCCUUCAGCCACGCGGCGGGCAGCAGCUGGCAGACUCUCGCGGAUCACGUGAAGACGGAGAGCUUCGUUCUGAAAGCCCUGAAGCCCAGCGCCGUCUACCUGUUCCUGGUGAGAGCGGCUAACGCGUACGGCCUCAGCGACCCGAGCCCCAUCAGCGACGCUGUCAAAACACAAGACGUCCCACCAACCAGUCAGGGAGUGGACCACGGGCAGAUCCAGAGGGAGCUGGGAGAUGUCGUCAUUCACCUCCACAAUCCCACAAUUCUCUCAUCGUCUUCUGUCAGAGUCCAGUGGACUGUCGAGCAGCAGUCUCAGUACAUCCAGGGCUAUAAGGUGAUGUACCGGCCGUCUCCGGAGGGAGCUCAGCAGCGCGUGGAAUGGGCCAUGUUUGAGGUUCGAACCCUGGGGGAGCACAGCGCAGUCGUCACCCAGCUCAAGAAGGGCGUGACCUAUGAGUUCAAAGUCCGACCUUUCUUCAACGAGUUCCAAGGCACAGACAGCGACAUCAAAGUGGCCAAAACCCUGGAGGAAGCGCCCAGCGCCGCUCCCAGGGGGGUCACCAUAACGGGAAGCGGAGACAACGGCACAGCUAUUCUGGUUUCCUGGCAACCGCCCCCGGAGGAGGAGCAGAACGGCGUGGUGCAGGAGUAUAAGAUCUGGUGUCUGGGUAAUGAAAGCAGAUACCACAUUAACCGCACGGUGGAUGGGUCCACGCACUCGGUCCUGAUCCCCGGCCUGCUCGCGGGGGUCACGUACAGGGUGGAGGUGGCAGCCAGCACGGGGGCCGGCCCCGGGGUCAAGAGCGACGCGACGUCCUUCCAGCUGGACUCGACAGGCCGCGUUCUUCAGCCGCCGCUGGACGACGACAACACGAUUUCCCAGCAGAUCUCAGACGUGGUGCGCCAGCCGGCCUUCAUCGCGGGCAUCGGCGCGGCCUGCUGGAUCAUCCUCAUGGUCUUCAGCAUCUGGCUGUACCGCCACCGCAAGAAGAGGAACGGCCUCAGCAGCAGCUACGCCGGCAUCCGCAAAGUGCCCUCCUUCACCUUCACCCCCACAGUGGCCUAUCAGAGAGGAGGAGAGGCCGUCAGCAGUGCUGGAAGGCCAGGUUUGUUGAAUAUAGGUGAACCAGCUACCCAGCCCUGGCUUGCAGACACAUGGCCGAACAGCUGCUCCAAUCACAAUGACUGCACCAUCAACUGCUGCACCGGCAGCAACGGAAACAGCGACAGCAACCUGGCCACUUACAGCCGCCCAGCCGAUUGCAUCGCCAACUACAGCAACCAGAUGGACAACAAGGCCAGCAACCUUCUGGCUCCUGACACUGGCCUUUACAGCGACGUGGACCUUUCCAACAAGAUCAACGAGAUGAAGACCUUCAACAGCCCCAACCUGAAGGACGGCCGUUUCGUCGGUCCUGGUGGCCAACCUACACCCUACGCCACCACCCAGCUCAUCCAGUCCAGCCUGGCCAACAACAACGUGAACAGCAGCGGUGGAAGUGGAGGAGGAAGUACAGACCUUAACGAGAAGCAGAGCUGGAAGAGCAGCCAGGGAACGCCUCAAAAACAGGCCGACAUCAACAUGCCACUGCAGUAUAACGUAAUGGAGCAAAACAAACUAAACAAGGACCACUAUCGAGGUGAGGGUCCCGUCUCAGGCACCAUCCCCUAUAAUCAGGCCCAGGACGUCCUCACAGGAGGAACCUACAGCAGCUCCGACAGGGGGAGCAGCACCUCUGGAAGUCAAGGACAGAAGAAAGGUGGGCGAUCGACUAAACAGAUCAAACAGAACCCAAUGAAUUGGACCGAACUGUUGCCGCCUCCUCCGGUUAAUCCACCACCAUGUCAGGAAUACACCCUCGCAAUGGACGACAGUUAUGACACAGACUUGCAGUGCCCUUUGCCGCCGUCUCGCAUGUAUCUGCAACCUGACGAGCUAGAAGAGGAGGAGGAAGAGGUGGAGCUGGAGCGAGGACCCACUCCGCCCAUACGAGGAGCAGCUUCCUCACCUGCUGCUGUGUCCUACAGUCACCAGUCCACCGCGACCCUCACCCCGUCCCCUCAGGAGGAGAUGCAACCCAUGCUGCAGGACAACCCUGACCUACACGAGCGCAGGCGACUCUUGGUGAGCCCGCCCCCUCCACCACGCCCUCUCUCCCCUCCGCACACAUACGGCUACAUCUCCAGUCCCCUGGGUCUGGACACGGACGGCCUGGAGGAAGAGGAGGAUGAGGAUGAGGGUGACGAGACGGAUGCUGAGGUGGCUCGAGUCCACCAGCUCCACACCCACCCUCACCAGCAGCACUUGCCCCAGCAGAGGGCUCUCCUGCGGGGCUUGGAACAGACCCCGGCCUCCAGCACCUGUGACCUGGAGAGCUCCGUCACCGGGUCUAUGAUCAACGGCUGGGGCUCGGCUUCAGAGGAGGACAACGCCUCGUCGGGGCGCUCCAGCGCCGUCAGCUCAUCGGACGGGUCUUUCUUCACCGAUGCUGAUUUUGCCCAGGCCGUGGCAGCCGCCGCCGAAUAUGCUGGUUUACGAGUGGCAAAGCAUCCUGGGAAAGGCCACCAUCAGCUUCCAGUGUCUGGAGCAGCACGGAAAUACCAAAACCUCCCUGCGGGACACCGUCCAGGCAGCCCAGUGUCCACAGACAGUAACGUUAGCGCAGCCCCGGGUCAGAGGAGGCCCCUAAAGAGGCAAAAACAACAUCCAGCUGCUCAGACAGGCUACCAGCGUCGAGAGGCCUACUCAGAGGAUCUCCCCCCUCCUCCUAUUCCUCCUCCAGCCAUGCUAAAGUCUCCAACACACCCGGCCAAAACCAUCCCGGAGGGCCCACGGGGGGCCAUGUCGCCCAGAUCCAGUUCUGCUGAUGGCAAGGACAAGCGGACGGCUUCGGGCAGACCCCGGGAUGGCUCGGACACUCGGACCAGCUCUUCGGAACGGCGCGAGGGCCAGGAUGUACAGAAGGGUCAGAGGUCGGGAAAAAGCAGCAAACAAGAUGCCGGCGCAGGCCAUAAGAGUCGCCAGCACCCAGGAUCAGAGGACAUCCUUCCUUAUAGUCGCCCCUCUUUCCCAGCCGUCCACAGUCCUCGUGGAGAAAGAGACCCCAGCUCCUCUAGCUCACUGUCCUCUCGAGGGUCCGGUGGACGGCGGCGAGGGGAAGGGGCUCCGGGGGCCCGCAGAAACCCUGCAGAUGUUGGGCUAAACACCAUAGGAGCCUUCCAGACAGGAGGGGAGGAGCUUGAGAUGGUGGAGAGCUGAAGAAAAAAAAUGGCUGUAAAGUUCCUCAGCAAGCAUCUUCAGCGUAGUUUGACCAUCUCGGCGGUGUCUUUUACUGAAAACUACCGACCCAGAGUCACGUUUGGAAAACUGACCAACCAUUCUUCAUUUAUUUACCUUAAUUUUCAAUGUGCAUUUAAAGAAGAAAAAAGACAGAAGAAAAAAAACAUGAAAAAACGAAGGGUGCAUUUGAGAGGGGCUAGAGCAGUUUGGUUUUGAUUCCAAUGCAAUAUGAUGCGUCCGUUAGCUCCAGAAAAUGAUUAUAGCGAGAAGGUUGUCAGUCAGCUGUUACUGUAAUGAAACUCCAGGCACAAAGGGACUGGCUGACAUGUACAUACACGUGUAUACAUAUCUAACUGUCUUUUAUAAUCCAUUGUGGUACAUUAAAUUUGUCUUCCUUGGCUUAUUUGAAUAAUUUUAAAAUUACGCCAGUUAAUAUAAUUUUUUUUUAUAGCCGCCAUCCUGGUUGUAAAUUGUCAUAGUGUUUAAACUGCCCCAGGAAAAGUGCCACAUUUUGAGAGUUAUUGUUUGUUCGUUUUUUGUUUUUUGUAAUGCACUGUUAUUCUUUUUUUUUGUCAUUGUCGAUGUUUGUUGUUCUAUGUUUGACUUUGGUUUUAAAAGCACAAUCACUAAACUUUAUUUUGAACCAUGUUAUUGAUUAACCUUUUUGUCUUACGCGAGGGGAGCGCAGACGGUACGACAAAAGGCCUUGUUAAACCUGUUGAUGUAGGGUUAUGAGAAAAGAAAAAAAGGAUAAGCUGUUUACAAAUGAGUGAAUGAAUGGAAACGAAUCCCUGCAUCCUUACCUUCCGUGUCUUUUCCGGAUUCUCAUUCCAGCUCCAGACAUCCUGCAAAAAUGAAACAAAUAAGCAUACAGGAAUUAACGCAGGGAUGUCAUGUUUUACGAAAGUAUUGCUCCACCUGUGCACUUUCGUUAUUGAAAAAACAAAACAUUUUUCGACUCACAUAUGCACUUAACAGGAAGUGGGUGUCGGUUUGAGAAUCUGGGGUGUUCGUGAUUGGCUGGCCGAGGACCCGGCUUGGCUGCGUUGUUCACGACCUAAAAGGGGUGAGGAUGUGAGUGUUAAUUCAUUUGACAUCUGCAAGCAUUUGUUUCUUAAAACAAAAAAGCAUAUAAAAAUGAAGAAAAAAAAUAAAAUCAAAAUACUGAAACUGA